AAGAACUAACAAUACAAAAGCAAAUCCAAAACUAGAUAAGGUUGGGGGGGUAAGAAAGAGCCGUAGUUACAACCUACCUGUAAAUUGGAAAGUCGAAAUGCAAGGUCUUACAAUUACAACAGGAAGUGCAACUCCUUGUGUUCACUCUUCACUUGCUAGAUUCUCUUCCAAAACCACUAAUGUUGCCUCCAGGUUUACUGCAAAAGCUGUCCAGAAGCAAAGCUUAGCUGCAUUUCAACCAACAUUUCAUCUUUUCUCAUCAAAUGUUAAUGCCCCCAAAAGGCAACUUAGAGCUCAUGUAUUCCUACCACAUUUGGUUGCAUCAAUGGAAGAAGUGGAGCAGAGUUAUAUCAUGAUUAAGCCUGAUGGUGUUCAAAGAGGACUUGUUGGAGAAAUUAUAUCCAGAUUUGAGAGAAAAGGGUUUAACCUUACUGGAUUAAAGCUUUUUCAGUGCCCCAAAGAAUUGGCACAGGAGCAUUACAAGGACCUACAGUCCAAGCCGUUCUUCCCCAAGCUGAUUGACUACAUUACAUCUGGUCCUGUUGUCUGUAUGGCUUGGAAGGGUGUUGGUGUUGUUGCUUCAGCACGUAAGCUAAUAGGAGCAACGAAUCCUCUUAAUGCUGAGCCAGGCACAAUCCGAGGAGACCUUGCUGUUCAAACUGGAAGAAAUGUGGUACAUGGAAGUGAUAGCCCGGACAAUGGCAAGCGUGAAAUAGCUCUUUGGUUUAAAGAAGGUGAAUUAUGUGCAUGGGCAGCAGUUCAAGAACCUUGGUUGGUGGAAUAAUACCUUAGCAUUACAUGAUUCUUCAUUGAAGUUUUGGAGGUUUUGAGCUCAACUGUAAUUGCAUCAUAUUCGGCAUGGUUGGCCUGUUUAUAGAAAGAGGCUCACUACUGGAUUUUUCAAAAUUUUCCAACUUGAUGUCAAACUGCAGAAUCAAAUUUGUAAUUGUUAUGUUGGUUUUUUAAUUCAUUGUAGUUCUCAAUGUUGGAGAUAAGACAGUGGCAGCAAAGUCCACAUUCUUUUUCUGCUACAUUUAUCUUAGAUUUUGGUAGUGCCCGUUGCAAAGUCCA